UGCAAGCUACUACUUUAGAUUCGAGUUCUUGUUUUCUACAUACUAUGUCAAUUUUCAAGUCUCCGCGACUGCUAAUAAACGCUUGUGCCGUUCUACUGGUUUCUGGUGUAAUGCUCUGGUUUUAUGUCUACGAUGGAGUUUACGUGUGCUGCGGUGACAACGGUGCCGAAGACGUCAAUCUGUGCAAAAUCUACCCGAAAGGAGUCGUCAUCUGUGAGAACGCUGCGAAACUAUCUGCACUAGCCGCCGGUAUAGGUGCAAUUCUGUUCUACGGAGAAUGGGGUAGUGGCGGGAAUCUCAUAGCGCGACAGACACCCAUCGGGUGCAAUGUUUCUACAUGGAUACUGGGACUAGCAAUUUUGCUAAUCUGGCUGGGGAAUUAUGCUGCAAUGCAAGCAUUUGUUUUAUUCUAUAUGCCAGAAGAAGAACAAACAGUGCUGUAUUCACUUCAAUUUUCUGCUUUAGUAACUCUUGAAGUUAUAUGCAUAUUAGCUGCGGCAUAUCUGAGUUACGCGGUAUUGCGAACCAUGUGUACGCCAGCAGAAAAAGAGAAAUCAAAUACGGACACUGAAGACAGCAGCGAGACAGACAAUGCUAGCACAGCUGUAGUACAAUUGAAAGCCAAGAAGCGAAAACGAAAAUCGAACAGUAGAUGGUAAAUUUUUUGCAAUGCAACCUGUAAUACGCCGAUAAAUGUAGCACAUGACUGCGUAUAAGUAUCUCUAUAGUAAGUGCAAAAGAAAUUCCAGGUGUUCUA